ACACCGUCCCGGCCGCUGCAAGGCGCAGCUCCGUCACUGCAGACUGAAAACAACUGAGAGUGGAGACGCGCAGACCCUCUCCAUCCUCCGCAGUCUCCUUCUCAUCCUGCCCGGCAGACUGACUGGCAGAUCCCCGCACUGAGCAAAACUUACUUCCAAACGGACCCACUGCGCCGCUGACAGCGUCUGCUGCUUUUCAUCUGCACGGGAGCACAGCCCAGCAUGUGAAUGGCGGCAGAAAGCGGCAGAGUUGUCACAGAGGAGCAGGAGGAGCUCCCGGCCCCUGGAGCUGUCACUCAAGAGCAUCAUGCACACACUCGGAGUCAGAGCCACAGCCAGUUUCACCCUCUGACACAUACAACCGCCCAGUGGCAGGCUCCUCGCACACUCGCACACACAAGGAGUCACAGUCACACUCACUUCAACACUCCAUCACACUCACAGGCACAGAGGUACGGCUGCCGGCUCACACACAGCCUCUCAGCCAUGACCAAGGGAGAGAAGGGUGCGCAGGGAUCUGCAGGGAAGCUUAUCAAACCCACUGAACCACUCUUCCCCAAAACCCCUCAGCAGACUGAGUUGGGACAGAAGUUGUCAUUAUGCAGUAAGGUGUGUUUCGCCAUUGGUGGCGCACCUAAGGAGGUGGCAGCCAGCGCAACGGCCUUCUUCCUGCAAAUCUACCUGCUUGAUAUCGCUCAGAUUAAUGCCUUCCAGGCUUCCAUGGUGCUGUUCAUUGGUAAAGCCUGGGGAGCGGUAACGGACCCUGUUGUUGGAUUCUUCAUUACAAAGAGCAGAUGGACCAAGAUAGGCAGACUCAUGCCCUGGAUGGUGGGCUGCACUCCAUUCCUGGUGGUUUCCUACUUCUACCUCUGGUUUGUUCCUCCAUUCAUCAGUGGGAGAUUCAUCUGGUACCUAGGCUUCUACUGCCUCUACCAAACCCUCAUUACCUGCUUCCACGUGCCUUACUCUGCUCUCACCAUGUUCCUGAGCACAGACCAGAAGGAGAGAGACUCAGCCACUGCCUACCGAAUGACAAUGGAGGUAAUGGGGACUCUUGUGGGUGCUGCCAUCCAGGGACAGAUUGUGGCCAGCGCUCACACUCUGAAGCACUGCCCGACUCACAACAUGUCCGCUGGUUACCUUGGCAACAGCAGCGGGGCAGAGAUCGUCAAGAAAAUAGUGCGCUCCCAGGACUACCUGUCACACUCGAAGGAGGUGUACAUGAUAGCUGCUGGAGUUAUAGGAGGAGUGUUUCUGGUCUGCACCGUGGUGAUGUUCCUGGGAGUCAAAGAGAGAGAGGAUCCAUAUGCCCCGAGGACAGAGAAGCAGAUCCCCUUCUAUCAGGGCUUCCUCCUGGUGAUGAGACAUGGGCCUUACCUCACUCUAACCGCUGCAUUCCUCUUCAUCACUGUCGCCAUUCAGCUGGUUCAGAGCAACUUUGUCCUCUUCUGCACUUAUGCUGCUGACCUGAGGGAUCACUUCCAGAAUAUUGUGCUGACUAUCCUGGUGUCUGCAGUGAUAAGCAUCCCAUUGUGGCAAUGGUUUCUGCAGAGGUUUGGGAAAAAGACGGCAGCUUUUUGCGGCAUCACAUGGAUCAUGCCCUUCACCAUGAUGCUGGUCUUCAUUCCCAAUGUUGUGGUGGCCUACGUUGUGGCUGUCUCCUCUGGUCUCAGUGUGGCUGCCUCGCUCCUGCUGCCAUGGUCAAUGCUACCAGAUGUGGUGGAUGACUUCAGACUGGCUAACCCUUACUCCAAGGGUCAUGAAGCCAUCUUCUACGCCUUCUAUGUGUUUUUCACAAAGUUUGCUUCUGGCAUCUCCCUGGGAGUGUCCACACUCUGCCUGGAAUUUGCAGGGUACGACACCGGCGCCUGCAAGCAGCCUGCUCCUGUGGUGUACACCUUGAAACUUCUGAUUGGUGCUGCCCCGGUGGCCUUCAUUGUUACGGGGUUAAUGAUCCUGCUCCUCUACCCGAUCAGCGAAGAUGUGCGGCUCAGGAAUAAAGUCUGCCUGGAUGAGCUAAGGAAACAGAGCAUCAGCUCCAGAACGAUGGAGGACUUGAGUAACGUGUGACCUGGAUCUUGACUGGAGUGAACUCACAAAGCCACGUGUUCCAGCGACACAGCUGGAAAGUUGUUCAUUAGUGUAUAUUACACUGAUAAAUAGUUAAAUUGUUUUAAUGUAAACAUUUUUGUUUUAUUCUCACAUGUACUGUACAGUCAUCUUGGACAUAUAAAUAUACAAUAAGAUUACCUAAUUUAUAUAAAUGAAUGUAUACUAUGUAUUAUUUGCUGUGUGAAGCUCUACAACACUGUUAUUUAUUGAUGAUAUGAUUAUUCCUGAGGGCUGAUGGUAUGAAAUAAAUGUUGUAGAGGUUGGUUGAUGGUCCG